AUGCCGUCUGCCCACAUGUUUGAAAGUGACGACGAUGAAUUUGCCGGUCCAAUUACAUUCAAAAGGUCGAAGCGAAAAAGGACACCACAACCCCGUCAAAAGGGUAAUCUGAAAAGACCUCAUGCGGAAGAUGAUCACCCCACCCCAGGCACCGAUUCAGAGGACGACAAACCAAUUGCUUCGAGGAGAAAGGCCGGUGAGAGGAAACCCAAGAGGAUCAACACAGGAGGUGCCAAGGCAGAUGACGAUGAUCGUAUCGAUUUGGAAGACGAGAAACCACUGGCCUCAAGGCUAUAUGAUAUUGCUGCUUCAAAAAGUGGAGGCAGUGUCUAUAAUGGUGAUGAUUCAGAAGAUGAUACCACAUUGGCUGUCCGUUUUUCACGGAUUGCUCGGGGUGUUUCAAGUUCCAAUAGCAAACCGAUCCCACCUAGCAACAAGGGGUUGAGCCAUGAUACAAGCGCUCCAAGAAAUUCAGUCAAAAGGGCAGGGGAUAGGAAUAGUCAGACAAGUUGUACUCUUAAGAAGGCAAAGCCUUCGGAGGCUUCCACCUCGGUGGUGGCGGUGAGUGCCGAAAGAGAACACGAGGAUGACAGCGAUGACAACAUACCUCUAGCACGAAGACAGAUAACGCGCGAGUACUCGAAGUGCAAGCCACCUGCAAAGAACAUUGUGAAGGAUAGUCCUUCACCUUUUAAGAAGGAUGAGCAGACAAAGGUGAACAUGAGAACAGAGGAAAAUCCCCUGUCCCAGGAGACAAUGGAAGUCUGUCAAGGAUCUGACAGUCGAAAGAAGUGGUCUACUUUGGAGCACAAUGGCGUUAUUUUUCCACCUCCAUACAAGCCUCAUGGUGUCAAAAUGAUUUACAACGGGCAACCUGUUGAUCUGACUCCAGAACAGGAGGAGGUUGCAACCAUGUUUGCUGUGAUGAAAGACACAGAGUAUGCGUCCAAGGAAACGUUUAUCAACAACUUCUUCAACGACUGGAGAAAUAUACUUGGAAAAAAACAUAUUAUCAAGAAGUUCGAACUUUGUGAUUUCACGCCGAUCUACGAAUGGAACCUCCAAGAGAAAGAGAAGAAAAAGCAGAUGACACCAGAGGAGAAGAAAAAAGUGCGAGAAGAAAAAUUGGAGCAAGAGAAAAAGUUUAUGUGGGCUUUCGUAGACGGGGUUGAAGAGAAGGUUGCCAAUUUCAGAGUAGAACCACCUGGCUUGUUCAGGGGACGUGGAGAGCAUCCAAAGAUGGGAAGACUGAAGCGGCGCAUCCGACCAAGCGACAUUACAAUAAACAUCGGAGAAGGUGCUCCAGUCCCAGUGUGUCCUAUACUUGGAGAAAGCUGGAAAGAAGUCAAACAUGACAAUACUGUUACAUGGCUGGCCUUUUGGAAUGAUCCGAUAAGCCCAAAAGAUUACAAGUAUGUUUUCCUGGCGGCAAGCAGCUCGUUGAAGGGAAAAAGUGACAAGGAGAAAUACGAGAAGGCCCGGAAAUUGAAGGAUUACAUACACACUAUACGCGUAAAUUACACUAAGGAUUUCAGAAGCAAAGAUCAGACGAAGAAACAAAUUGCAGUGGCAACUUACCUUAUAGAUAGAUUGGCCCUUAGGGCGGGCAAUGAAAAGGAUGAAGAUGAGGCUGAUACUGUUGGUUGCUGUACGCUAAAGGUUGAAAAUGUUACAUGUCUGCCUCCAAAUAAGCUGCAGUUUGACUUCCUUGGUAAAGAUUCUAUAAGAUACUUGAACACUGUUGAUGUUAAACUACCCGUAUACGAGGCAGUUAAGGGAUUCUGUGCUGGCAAAGAUAAGGGAGGGCAUGUCUUUGAUAAACUUGAUACAAUUAAACUAAAUGCUCAUCUAAAGAAUUUAAUGCCUGGGCUUACUGCAAAAGUGUUCCGUACCUACAACGCUUCCGUCACUUUGGACACUAUCUUGAACAAAGAAACAAAAGGUGGAACCCUCAUUGAAAAACAUAAUGUCUAUCAACGAGCAAACAAAGAGGUUGCUAUAAUUUGUAACCACCAGCGUGCUGUCCCAAAAUCACAUGAUUCUCAGAUUACAAAGUUGAAUGAAAAAAUUGAUCAAUUAAAGGCCUCGAGCGACAAGUUGAAAGUAGAACUGAAGAAAGCAAAGAAAGGAAAGCCUCGAGGUGGUACUAAAGAUGGGAAGCGAAAGAGAAGAUUGACGCCUCAAAUAUGCAGGUUGGAGAAAAGGAUCUCUACGACUGAAACCAUGAUAGAUGAAACGGAUGCGGAUAAAAAGAAAAGGGAGGAUCUGAAGACAGUAGCACUAGGAACAUCAAAGAUCAACUAUCUUGAUCCUAGAAUUACCGUGGCAUGGUGCAAAACCCAUGAAGUCCACCCUAUCCACAAGGAGAUUUUCAGCAAGACUAUUCUCGAGAAAUUUGGAUGGGCGAUGGAUGUUGACCCAGAUUUCAGAUUCUAAGGGUUACCUUGUCGAGCGUUACACGCAAAAGAGGCCGGAAGAUUAGUACAUACU